CUGCAGGCCGUGUACAGGGCCCCCACCAGGGCCAGGGUCUCCACCGUGCUGCUACAGGACCGGGCCAUCUGAUGGUACAGGAGGGAGAAGCUAUCCACCGCUGCCAUGUUGUGGCUGCUGCCGUCACACAGGUUAUCCGCAGCCGGAACCUGAGACAGAUAGAAAGACAGACAGAUGUCUAAAACACACUGUACUGAUGCGAUGAACUGAGCCAAAGACUACCAAAGGGAAGUUAAGGUACGUAAGGGAGACACGCAACGCGACACGUUCGAGAUUAUGUCGCAGCCGGAAAUAAUGACUGGAAGGGACCGGUUGACAGCCCGAGAGGACUACAAACCAGUUACAAACAGAACCCCGUAACUCCAGGAAUAACUACAACACCGUCACGUGACAGCAAGUUACAUACGUCACAAACAUGCGACAACACGCGGAGACUCUGCGCGGCAGACCAGAGUAGGCUGUGUUUCCAUGGAGACGGAUCCGUCAAUACGAAACGAGACGGACGACAAUGUCUCUCCACCGUGAAGGAUCUCUAUCUUAAGGACACAGAUUACGUCAUCAUAAGAACAGGCCCAGGACCCGACCAUGUCCCAGUUCUCCAGCGAGGACGAGGCAGAGCUGCAGUAUCUGCUCCGUCAGCUCCUGAAGAGCACAAAGGACAGGAUAUCUGGCGCUCCGUCCAUUGAAUGUGCUGAAGAGAUCCUUCUUCACCUGGAGGAGACCGACAAAAAGUUUCACAACUAUGAGCUGGUCAGGUACCUGCGGCAGCAUGUGGACCGGUCCCUGGGGGCGCUGGUGGAGGCAGAGACGGAGCUCGGGGCCGGAGGAGACGCUGGAGCCUCCGCUCACGACAUCCACGCUGUCACCAGACGGACCAGGGACUCCACAGAAUACAAGCAGAUGAUGCAGACUCUGAAGAACACCAUGAGUCUGGUGGUGGAGUCGCUCAUCAAUAAGUUUGAAGAGGACCAACUGAGGAAAGAGGAAACGUACAGGGACAACCUCCCUGGAGCAUCUGAGGGCCGUUUCAAUGACAACUGUUCAGACAGCGACUCUUCCUUCAACCAUAGUUAUGCAUUCAUUAAACAAGAGCAGCUUCAAGCCUUGGCUGAACAACUGGACUCCAGCCAACCAAAAGAGGUGCGUUGGGAAGCCCUCCAGAAGCUGUGCUGUGCCCCUCCCUCUGACGUGCUGAGCUGUGAGACCUGGAACAGCCUGCGCACCAGCCUGUCUGCUGUGCUGGACGACCGCGACCCUGACCUCAGUGAUAAAGUACUCAAGUUCUUUGCAAAGACCUCCUCUUCAUCACCAUUCAAUUUGACCCGAGAGAUCUACAGCAGCUUAGCCAAGAGUCUGGAGGGAUACUUCCUGUCUCACAAGCUCAGCCUUCCCAUUGGCUCAGAUGGGAUUGAUGUCACCAGGCCUGACAUCAGCCGCCUUCUUAAACAGAUGAGGCUGAUAAAUGACUUCCAGAAGGAGAUGCCGUCCUUCUGGAUUCGCCACCCGGAGAAGUACAUGGAAGAAGUCAUAGAGAGCACCUUCUCCCUGCUGUCGGUGCACCCUGACCUGGGCUUGGCCUCGCCAGGGACCGAGAAAGCACUUGAACCUGUUUACUUGCUAGCCCUGCUGGACAUCAAAGCAACCUGGUUCAAUAAGUGGAUGCAUAGUUACUACAGCAGAGCUGUCAUCUUCAGACUCCUGGAGAGGAAAUACAAGAGUCUGAUUGUUGCAGCCGUCCAGCAGUGUCUGCAACACCUCUCAGACUGUGAGCACAGAUCCCCCCAGACCAGCGGCUCCUCUGCGGAGCCACAGACCAGCUCUUCUCAGUGGAGCAUCUACACCAGGAGUGAGCUGGAAUAUGCCUUCUUUGUCCAUUCACUCUGUGUUCUGGGAAAAGUCCUGAUUUACACCAAUGGCAGAAAGCUCUUCCCUAUCAAAAUAAGGAAACACAAAGAUCUCUACAGUCUGACGGACCUGGUGGUCACACUGAUCAACAUCAUGUACCAGCACCCCCAGCCCCCCCACACGGACCCCUCGCACACAGUGUCCCUGGCCCCCAGGAGCCUGGUGACGGAGUUGCUGUGGAUGCUGUGUGAGCAGACAGAGAGCGCCGCCGAGUGCAUCUACCAGAGCCCUGUGAUAGAGACGCUGCUGGCACCCCUCAUACGCCUACUCAACGGGGAGCAGGCCAAAUUAAAGUCUCCUGCUGGGACCUUAACUCACAUAGCAGAUGUGUUGGCACGCAUCGCCAGUACCGACAGAGGCCUCGCCCUCUUCCUGAAUGACAAGAGUCUGGACCUAAGCAGCAGUAAAGGCCUCUCUGCUAGCCAUGUCAUUGUACAGUUCACUCAGCGGUUAUUGGACAAGGACCUGCCUUCUCUGGGCCGAUGGGAGAUGUCGCCUGCUGUUUGCGGGGCCUUCCUCUUCGCCUGCGGGCAGAUGUACAACACCUGCGAGGGCCUGCAAGUUCUCCGGCCUUAUGGCCUGCACAGCUGCAUAGCUGCUGCUUUGAAGGAGGCUAACGCCGUGUCCACCCCCGCCUCCACCCAAGCCUCCACCCCCAUCCCUGGGCACAGUUCCUCUACCUGCUCCCUGGAGACCAUAGCGGGUCCGAGCCUUAUCUGGGAGGAGACCCUGCAGGACAGUCUACUGCACUUCGCUGCCACGCCCAAAGGCCUGCUGCUGCUCCAUAGCACCGGGGCGCUGGACCACUGCGUGGCCUACAUGUACUCACGCUUCAUCAAGAAGCUCCAGGUGAGCCGCUGUGAGAAGUUUGGCUACGGGGUGAUGGUGACCCAGGUAGCAGCUACAGCUCCUGGUGUGAUGGCCCUUCUGAACUCAGGCUAUGUCCAGGAGCUGGUGGUCAAGCUGUGGUCAGUGCUGGAGUGUGGGAGGGAGGACCUUCGUGUGGUCCAUCCCAAGUCCACUCCCAUGGAUCCCAUCGACAGGAGCUGCCUCAAGUCGUUCCUGGCGCUGGUCAACCUGCUGUCCUCCGGGGCCUCGGUUUGGGCUCUGCUGCGGGGCCAGCCUCUACCCCAGAGGGAGGCCUACCCCCUGAGGGAGGUGCCAAGCACCAUCGCCUGUGCGUGUACACGUGUAUUUGUAUUUGUGUGUGUUGUGUGUGUAUGGGCAUAUGUGUGUGUCUGUGCAGCUGAGCAGAUGAUUCUGGAGCUGCCUCUAGGGGGCAGCAGAGGACUAGUGUCUGUAUGUCGCUCUGGGACUUCUCUGAACAACUGUAUGGUGUAUUACCUGGAGCUGCUCCUGGUGGGCAGCAGAGGCCUUGUGUCUGUAUGUCGCUCUGGGACUGCUCUGAACAACAACACAGUGCUAAACCAGGAUUUGAUGGACAGGCUGAUUGCAGUGGAUUCAGAUGCAAAGAUCAACUCCCUGUUUAACUACGAGCAGUCACACACGUUUGGCUUGAGACUGCUGUGCGUGCUGUGCUGUGACCUGGACUCGUUCCUGCUGUUGGAGAGCCAGUAUGCCCUCUGCAGCAUGCUCCUGCUCCGCCAGAAGGAGAACGUCACCGAACCGGCCGGAGCUCAGGGGCAGCUGAUCCUGGACCGCCUCUCCGUUGAGAGGAACCACCUGCUGGUGCGGGUGUGUGCAGUGGGAGGUCCGUCUGAACGCAGGCUGCCCCCCCGGGCACUGCAGGAGGGCCCAGACCCCUACCCAUGGCCAAUGUUCCUGAGCUACCCUUCAGCUCCCCCACAGUGCUACACCUUGGAUUCUGCAAUGCUUCCUCAAAGUAAACAAGAUUCUGAGAUCAGUGCAUUCUUGGCGUCUGGUAUCCCUGCGAAAGAUGAGGGCUGGAUGGCUACCUGCCGCAAACAGUACUGCAAAGCCAUGAGCACCACGCCCUCCAGCCUCACCGGGUCGGUGCUGUCUCAGCUCCUGGAGAAGGUGGUGUCAGUCAACGCAGCAACCCAACCCUUCUUCCCUCCUGCUCACUACAAAGCUAAGGACAGCAGUGUGAAGAGGGUGGAACUGUCAGCUGUUCAGCUGUUGGGCAUCAACAUCUGUGUCAGGUACGGACGCUCCCUGGGCCUGCUGAAGGACGAGGGUACAGAGGAGCUGGCGCUGCUGCUGAAACACAGCCACCUCUUCCUGGCUGCACAGCGAGCCACAACACACCCCACUGCCGUCCCAGAUCUCCACCCGGGCCAGGACUGGCUGGCCGCCACCCUGUUCCUCAUGAUGGCGGGCGACGGCGAGCGGGUGCGACGCUGGCUGGUGGACUUCUCUACUCUGCUCUGCUCUGCCUUCCUCUGGCCCGCCCGCAUGCACAGCUCUGUCCAUCUACCGGCCCCUGUGGCGGCCUCGGGGAUCCCUCCGGUCUACUGGUGCACUGCUCACUACGUAGAGAUGCUGCUCAAGGCUGAGGUCCCCCUGGUCCACUCUGCCUUCAGGAUGUCUGGCUUCACCCCGUCCCAGAUGUGCCUGCAGUGGCUGAACCAGUGCUUCUGGAACUACCUGGACUGGCCUGAGGUCUGCCACUACGUGUCCACCUGUGUGCUCAUGGGCCCCGACUACCAGGUGUACGUGUGUGUGGCCGUGUUGAAGCACAUGCAGCCAGACAUCCUGCUGCACACACAGGCCCAGGACCUGCAGGUCUACCUCAAGGAGGAGCCCAUCCUGGGCUUCAGAUUCCAGGACCAUCUGGAGUUCAUGGAGCAGCUGGAGGGAAAAUACGGCACAACGGUGCUCACAGACAUGCAGCGCAUCACCACGCCCGCUACCACGCCCGCUGCAUCAACCCCCACAGACCACGCCCGCUGCAUCAACCCCCACAGACCACGCCCGCUGCAUCAACCCCCACAGACCACGCCCGCUGCAUCAACCCCCACAGACCACGCCCGCUGCAUCAACCCCCACAGAACACGCCCGCUGCAUAGACCCCCACAGACCACGCCCGCUGCAUCAACCCCCACAGACCACGCCCGCUGCAUAGACCCCCACAGACCACGCCCGCUGCAUCAACCCCCACAGACCACGCCCGCUGCAUAG